UUUUAGAUUGUUUGCGAGUGGCUGUAGAUGUUUUUGAGGUGGUUGUUGAAAUUUUUGAGGUAGCUGUAGGUAGUUUUAGGUGGUUUUAGGUCGUUCCAUGUUUUAGUACUUCCGGGUUACGUCAACCUUCCCCAUUCCCCGUUUCUCUGGGCUAGUUUAGAGUGUAGAUGUUUGAGCUGCACCUGUCCUUCACUACUGCUCUCAUUAGCAUAGUAAGUAAGGCGCAGUAAACGGUUUUCUUCAAUACUUUCAACUAAUUCACAGUCAGGACGAGAAUCGGAGACAGAUUCGGAGUAAAUGUUUUCUAAAAUCUUUCGACGCCCGUCGACAUAUCUCUGUCAUUAGGCGGAAUCCGCAACAGUCGAGAUCACGAUGGCGAGGAGAACAACACAUAGACCUCUUAACGCGGGAUAUCAAUGGAUCUUAAAAGACCUGGAGGAUACUCAAAAUCAGCUACGUAUACUGAAACAAUACUAUUUUAAAGUGAAGGAAAUUCAGCAGCAAACUAACUUGGUUACUCCAGAAGGCAAUCAGGUAUUUGAGGCUGGUGCUGAAAGACGUCUUGCAGACCUUGAGAGGGAGAAAUGUACCAUUUUCAUCACUGGUGAGACCAGUGCUGGUAGGAACAGUCUGAUCAAUCUAUUGCUUGGUGAGCAACUUCUUCCUUCCAAUAUCCAGAAAGAGACUAUGACUACCUGUGAAAUAUCCCAUGGUUCAGAGAAGGAAAUUGUGCUGCACUUUUCCAACAAGAGUGAACAUAAACGUAUCCUCAAGGGAGGAAACAUUGAGGACCAAAUCAAAGAGUACAUUCAAAAGUCAACAAAGGAUGAAGAUUGGUGCAAGAAAAUAGAGAUAAUGCUUCCCAACACAUUAUUAGAGGGUGGUAUAGUGAUUGUGAACAGCCCAGGAAUUGGUGAAUCAGAUCAUGUUAAAAGUAUUUUCAUGGACAACCUUUCUCAAGCUAAUGCUUUCAUUUACAUGAUAAACAGUCCACAGGCCGGAGGAUUGCAAGAGGACAUGCUUCGAGUAUUGGAUGAAUGGAAGAAGCUCUACGAAGGAAGAGAAGAACCAGGCAUCACUGCUGAAUCUGCUCUUUUCGUCUGCAACAAGUGGGAUGCAAUGGAAGGAAAAGAUGACAAAACCGAAACAGAGGAGCUCCAAAAGAACAUCAUACGCAGACUAAGGGAAAGAAUUCCCAAACUUGAUGAAGAAUGUCAAGUAGUCAGAAUAUCUAUCAACACAGCGAAAGAGGAGCUAAUGGAGUCAGGCAAGAUGAAUGAUGAUCUGUACACGCUCAUUUGUGCAAUUCAGGACCUUUUACUCCGUGAUGUAAAAAUGAAAGCCACCUUCUUCUAUCUCUGGAUAAGUGGCCAGAUUAGCUGGCUAAAGGAUUUAGCAAAUGUACAAAUACAAAGUACUCAAAGGAAUAGAAAAGAAUGCCUUGAGGUAAGGGAAGAACUUAAUGAGUUACUGCAAGAGCUUGAGAAAGGCUCUCAGAUCCAUGAAAUUGACGAUGCUAUUCAUUUCCACGAGGAAGAACUGUGCAGAAAGCUUACGUCUUACUUGAGAUCUGAAGAAGUUCAGAAAAAAUUUUGCGAUUGGUCCGAAAAGGACUUGCCUGUUAUUGGUCAUCGUCAUAGUUCCCGAAGGAUCAAAUCCGAACUUGGUAAAUGCAUAGAUCAAAGAUUACAUUCUUUGCUUAAAAGCGUGGAAAAUAAAGAAAAACAUUUCGCAAAAGCUCGUGCAGACCUGGAGAAAAAACGUCUCCAAUAUUUUUCUGAUCUUCAAAAGGGAAUUUGUGACCUUGACCGUGUUCUUGACUCAGAGGAUCAGUCUGUUCCCUUUGAAUUGCACUCUGGAAGAAUGUGUUUGCCUUUAUACGCAAGAAUGAAAAAGAUAAUUGUGGCAGCUGGUGUAGUUUUUAUGCCAGUGUUGAUUCCUGUUGGUCUAGCUGCAGGAGCUCUCUUUGCACCCGCUUUCGGUUAUAUGGCUGUCGCAAAGUAUCUCAAGGAACAUCAGCUCAGGGAAGAUCCUUGUAAAUCUUUAAAAGAACUUUCCCCACAGUUUCUAAAGUCUUUCAUUAAAGAAAGUCUACGGGAUCAUGUCCAAAGAGAACUAGCUAACGAAAAAAAUCAAAUUUCCCAAAUAAAGAGAUGCCAUUCAGCGAUCAUCAGUAAAUACGAUCAGCAAUGUGAGGCUUUCAGGAGGAUAGCAGAUGAAUCAGGAGAUGAAGAAGCCCUGGAAGAGAAGGCCCUGGAAGAGAGGGCCAUGGUCGACCUGUCUUGGAAACUGCGGAAUAUGAGCGACAACCUUUUGUUUGACGCCAUCCAAAACGGAGUACCAGUCAUGUACCCGUCUGGCCAAAUCGAUGGCAAAAAGCUUUCUUGCAAUAUGGAAGAAGUGCUAGGAAUAGGAAGCUCAGCCAAAGUCUUCCAGGGAACACUAAAAGGACAGAGUGUUGCUGUAAAAAGGCUGCAACAAGAGCUUCAUCCACAAAGUGUUGCUUGGUUUCUUGAAGAAGCAGGAAUGUUAAGGCAAGUACAACAUAAAAACAUUUUGACUUUCCAUGGAGUGUGCAUGAAUGUUCAAAAUGGCCGGCUGAUUUCCUUGGAUAUCGUCCUUGAGUUGUGCGCCUCAAGUCUGAAGGAUCAAAUCUUCAACGAAAAAAGAAACACUCCUUGGAUGACGGAGGAUGCUGCAGUUAAAAUACUUCGAUGUACCGUGUAUAUCUUACUGGGGCUGGAAUUUCUUCACAAUCUUGGCAUUGUUCAUCGGGAUAUUAAGCUGUCCAACAUGCUGAUCUCAAAAGACAGAGUCAUCAAAAUUGCAGACUUCGGUUGGGCGAAGUCUGAAAGCUUGAUCACGGGUACCCAAUGCGGGACCUUGCGUUACAUGGCGCCGGAAGUAAGAGAACGCAUCCCGUACGGCUCAAAAGUGGACAUGUACAGCUUUGGCAUCAUGAUGUGGGAAAUGUGGUACGGUAAAGAAAUAUUUACCGACCUUAUUGAGAACGGUGAAGAAAUCCCUCCUCCGACAGAGGUCAAAGGUUAUCUAUCUAGAUGCCCCGUAGGGGACGGCAGCUUCGCUCCUCCAGCAGAGUGGACCAAUCUUAUGAUAUCUUGCUGCAAUCCUGAUCCAGACCAGAGACCAACAGCGACAGAAUGUAAAGAGUUACUGGUGAAAAUUACUCGAAAAUACGAAAAGUAAGAAAAUCAGAGAAUUGCAGUCAUAUUUUGCUCCUACUUUUACACUUGAAAUCAGUUGUUACAAAAAUUAAUUUAAAAAUAACAUUUGUUUAAAGGCAACUAUUCUAUACAAAUGUAAUUACACUUUUACUGUUUACAGAGAGCUUUUUUGAACACUCAUAGGCUUGCAUAUGUUAGUGUUAUUUAAAUGAAAGUUACCUAUCCUCGGCUAUGACUACUAGGUAAAAUGUAUGUUAUAGAGGUUAUUCUAAUUAGAAGGUACCAAGGAGAAACUCUUUGCAUCCUUUUAUGCGGCCAAGUUGUGACUAGCACUCAUUACCCGUCAUUCAGAUGAGCAAUUUUCCUCUAUUUCAAUCUGUCUUAAGAUUGAUCCCUGAAUUAAACUCGACACACAGUGGAUAUUAGAAAGGAAAAAUCGACCAGCUCCCACUUAAUAAAGGAUCCGCGUGUCCUUAAUUAGCUGAAAUCAAUUUGGCUAUUAUUGCGUCGCCUGUCAUAACCUUUUCGCUAAGCAAUGAGUUAUUAUUGCAGAAUAUUAGGUAAUUGUUAGCUCCCUUGAUCAUUGUGAGGUUUGGCGAAAGUAUUAAUUGCUUCCACGACUAUGUGUAGGCUACUUUGUUUAUACUGACCCGCUCGCUUUUACGUCAACGCUAAACAGUUUGAUCAACAGGAUGGUAUUUUAAACUGAAAUGGGGGGGCCUAGCCAGUUUCGGCGUACAGUUGUUAAAAGGAAUGGUGUUGUAUCGAGUUCGAUUUUCUUCUUUGCCUUCAGAAGGAGGAGAGGGGACCAAAAGCAGAGAAAAUGAAGUAUUGUAAAUCUAUUUUUUAGAUUUUUCGAGUGAAUAGCUUUAGUUUUCUGUGAUCUUUUUCAGAUUAAGUAUUUCAAUUUUAAAUAAGUUUCUUAGAAUGAGGUGUUUUAAAUAGAUUUCAUUAUUCUAAUUUUCAUUAAUUAAACGAGGAAUAGGACUCUAAACACAUUGAUCUAUACUAAGACCCCGUAUCUCUCCGUCUUUCUUUCUCUUCCUCUCGGACGACGGGACGAAGAGAGA